AUGCUAAUUGGGAACAAGGCCGACCUCACCGGUCGAAGGGCUGUCUCUAAAGAGGAUGCAGUGGAGUUUGCAGAGGAACAGGGGCUGUUCUUUUCAGAGACAUCAGCGCUAACCGGAGACAACGUAGAGACCGCGUUCUUAAUGCUUAUAGAGGAAAUCCACGGGGCGAUCUCCAAGAAGGCUCUGGAGUGCGACGAAGGGAGAUCGAAGGAUGAUCAGAGUGACGUGUUGAUGCUACAAGGAACCAAGCUGGCAGUUUUAUCGGAGGGAUCCAUGAGAAAGGGGUCUCCAUGUGCUUGGAAACGACUUCUACCCGAACCCGAUCCGAUUCGACCCGUAAUUGGCAAAGAAGCAGAGGUUUUGAGAGCUUAUCAGCUUCUUCUCACUCCAUCCCUCCACCUCCCUCGAUGGAGUGCCUUCCCCAAUUUUCCCCAACCUCCUUUACCCUGCACCGCACCCCCUUAUCCUGCUCCACCAGUAUCAAAAUCUCACCACUCUCCUCCUUCAUUAACUCCACUCUCAAAUCCAAACCAAGAGCAGCAGCAGCGGCAGCAGCAAGAACAGCUCACCAUUCUCUCUCCCCCUUCCCCUCCUCCUCAAGAAACCCAUUCAGCCCAUCUCCUGUUCCACUCCCUGUUCAGCUUGCAGCCACUGGAAGCCAAUCAAGUGCGGGACUUAGUUCUGAAACCGCUGAAUGGGCCAUGCAAGUUGUUGACAGAUUUCUAUGCCUUGAGAAAGGAUGUUGAAACUACUGCCAAACAUGUUGAGGAGAUCACGGGUUCUGCCGGUUUGGAACGGUUAGAAGCAGAUCGAACUUUACUUGAGAAGAAAGCUGCAGAUAGUUCUUUAUGGGACGAUCCUUCAAAAGCCCAAGAAACACUUCUCGCCUUGACUGAUGUCAAAGAUAAAAUUAAAUUGCUCUCUGAGUUCAAGUCCCAGGUUGAAGAAGCUGAAACAAUUGUUAAACUGACUGAGGAGUUGGAUUCCAUAGAUACUGCACUUCUUGAAGAGGCUUCUAAAAUCAUUAGAGAAUUGAGUAAGGCACUUGAUCGGUUUGAGCUAACUCAGCUUCUUUCUGGUCCUUAUGACAAGGAAGGAGCUGUUGUUACUAUCACUGCUGGUGCUGGGGGUACUGAUGCACAGGAUUGGGCUGACAUGCUUCUACGUAUGUAUGUAAGAUGGGGGGAGAAGCAACGUUACAAGACAAAAGUGGUUGAGAAAUCUUUGGGAGAAGAAGCUGGAAUAAAGUCAGCUACUAUUGAAAUAGAAGGGCGCUUUGCUUAUGGAUAUCUCUCGGGGGAGAAAGGAACUCACCGAAUUGUUCGCCAGUCUCCCUUCAAUUCAAAAGGUCUUCGACAGACAAGUUUUUCUGGUGUUGAGGUAAUGCCUCUUCUUCCUGAAGAUUCUACUGACGUUGAAAUACCUGACGAUGAUCUAGAGAUAAGCUAUUCAAGAGCAGGGGGAAAAGGAGGGCAGAAUGUCAACAAGGUGGAAACAGCUGUCCGAAUAGUUCACAUCCCCACUGGGAUUGCAGUUCGUUGUACAGAGGAGAGAUCUCAACUAGCCAACAGGAUCAAAGCCCUGAGUCGAUUAAAAGGCAAGCUGCUCGUUAUAGCUGAGGAGCAGCGUGCAUCCGAAAUAAAGCAGAUACGCGGAGAUGCGGUGAAGGCUGAGUGGGGGCAGCAAAUACGGAACUACGUAUUCCAUCCGUACAAACUCGUCAAGGAUCUUCGAACGGGCUGUGAGACAUCAGAUAUUGCUUCCGUAAUGGAUGGAGACUUGGAACAGUUCAUCAAAGCUUACCUCAAAUAUAAAUACACGGCAUCUAUGAGCUGAACAAUACAUAUAUAUAGGUUUUAUAGUGUUUUUGCUCUAUUUAUAUAAGCAACUAUUGAUAAAAAAAAAUUGUUGUUGAUGUGUGCUCCUUGUAUUGAUUUGUGCUGUGUUGAUAGUUGCAGCCUUGUCGCAGGGAAUAUAUUGCUUGCCGUCAAGAAAAUGUUAUUGUGAGAAAACUCUUUGUAGCGUGUUGAAGAUGGAAGAUGCGUUAUUUUGCAAA